GGUGCGUGGUUUUGACAGAUUGAUAAACCAUUUUCCACGUAUAUUAAAUUGUUAGAUCUCAUUUUCAGAAUUUUCCUUGAAUACGCACAAUAAUAGUGAAAAUGCUAAACAUAAAUAUUCAAACGGCAAUUUUUACCUUUGCGCUUUUGAUGGUUGGAGUUUCAGCGAAGAUAGAUGCCAAGAAUUUGAAAUGUUUAGUAUGCCGUCAGACCUUCGAGGAGUUAAAUAAAGCAAUAAAAGGGGUCGAAAAAUGGAAAAAAGUCGAUGUUGGAAAUUUCCGAAUGGACGCAGAUGGCAACACUAUGCAAGAUAAGGUUCCAGCUCAUCGCUCUGCUGUGUACAUAUCUGAAGUUAUUGAUGAUAUAUGUAAGAAAAUGGAUGAUUACGUCCGUGUGCACUAUAAGUCUACAGGUAAACUGGCCAUAAUGCUUCUAGUAACCCGGGAGGGACACAUGAAUCCAGAAUUUUCCAAGACCAAGUUUGUCACAGAUGAUGAUCUUAACAAGAGCUUGGAGUACUAUUGCGAGCGGAUGUUCGAAGACAAUGAGGACGAAAUCACGGAUCUGUAUAAGACGAGGCCCGAUGACGAUAUCAUGCCUGACGCAGAGAGAGAGAUCUGUUUCAACCACGCGAAAUACUGCGAGGAGUGGAUGUUGCCCGACGAGAAAGACACCACGUGGACGCCUGAGAUGGAAGCCGAAUAUGUGAAGGUCCACGGUCCAGAUCCCUACGGCUUCGGGGGUGGAAUGCAACAGCAAAUGCACUCCGAAGUGGCCGAUUCCGAGGGCUAUGAUGACUCUGAUGACGUCGACGAAGAUGUUGAGGAGUUGGCUGCCGAGGAGGAGGGUAAACCUGACGAGGAUUAUGUCGACCGGGGUAAAGAUGAGUUGUAAACUAGGUAAGUAUAAAGCUAAAGCUCUUGACCAUUCCCACAAGAUUUCGUAUCUGAUGAGAUCAAGUUUACCCUCAUCAGGAUUACCUAAUGUAAAAAUUAAACGUAAUAUAGGUUUAAGUUGUUGAAGCUUCUCACAGAUUUUUUUUAAUGUUGUCAUAUUUUUUUAAACAUUAUUGUAUCUAUCAGAGGUAAUUUUACUUAAAUGAACUGGAAGAUGAAAUGUAUACAGUAAUUGAUAUUGGCGCCUACUACAACUGUGAUUGAACAAAUCUAUUGUCUAGACAAUGAAGAUGUACUUAAAUUGUAAAGAAAGAUUUACCUUAUAUAUCUGUGCCUUUAAUAAAAGUUAUCCUAGGAAUUGUGGUAAACAUGACUCUGUAUAUGAAGGUAGAAUAGAUUUGAAUACACGUAAAUAUGACUCGUAUAUUAGUAUUUUAAAUUUCAUAUUUAUUUACUAAUUGUCGAAAAUGUUAACCACAUGAUUAACAAAAAAAAGAAAGUUUUCGAAAAUACUCUCACUUUUUAAUACGUACAUAACCUCAAAUACUCAGGAACAUGAAAAAUCUGUGAGGAUCAAAUGUUUAAUAGUAACUAGUAUGGUUAAAAACCAAGAUGACAUUAAGCUUGGGACUAUGGAAAUUUCUAUGUCUCGGGAUGCUUUAAGAAAUUACAGUGGGUUGACCUAUUGAAAUUACAAAUAACAUUGGUUAAGAUUUGACUGAGAAAUAGAUAUUUUUCACCAACAGAGUCAACAAGCAUAAUUUUUUGUCCUUUGCACACCAUGUCAACUCAAAAAUUCCACACUGACUCUGCUGAAUGAAAUUAAAGAACAGAAAUGUGAGCUUUAUGGUGUGGGACAUAAAUCAAAUCACUCUUUACCCACCUGUAGCACGCUUCAAACAGCAAUUUAUGUCAUAUGACGUAAAAGCUUACAUUUCCAUGGUUUGUUGUAAGUUGAUACAGUGUGCUAAAGCCGUAUUUAGACCUGCCAAGUUUCUCGUCACAGAGUUUUGUGUUUUAAUUCUGUUUGUGUCUAUUUCUGAUAUUGUCAAGACUUGACAAGAUUGUCUUUAACCAAAUGUAUAAGGUGGUGAUUAAAUCUUUAAAAACUAUAUGUGUAGAUUAUGUUGUGAAUUUUUGUAUAUCAGAUUUUAUAUUAAUUAAAAUGUAUUUUAUUUUUAUAUAUUUCUAUUGUAUAGAAUUGCUUAAUAUAUAAUUUGACAAUUUUAGUCAAUAAAUAGUGCCUUACCGUAAUUUAAUAAUUUUUUAUGCUGUACUU